AAUAAUUUAAAUACUACUCCGUAUUAGGGAAAUGACAAAUUUUUUUUUCUUCUACACUAUCAAAUUUAAAUGUCAUCCGGAUUUCUUUUUUGAAACCGGAAAUGGCAGCCGCAGACGAAGAAGACACUUCAAUGUUCCUAACUGUUCCGGCAACAACCGGGGGGGUUAGACACAAGUGCCCGGCAUGCUUCAAACAGUACAAGAAAAAGGAGCAUCUCGUUGAACACAUCAAAAUUUCUUGCCAUUCUGUUCACGAUCCCAAGUGUGGGGUGUGCCAAAAACACUGCAAAUCAUUCGAAUCACUCAGGGAACACAUCAUAGGCCCCUUGUCCAAGGUUAUCUGCUCAAGAAUCUUUGCUGAAAGAGGCUGUUCUCUGUGCUUGAGGCUAUUUGACUGUUCUGAUUCCUUAAGCCAGCACACAGAUAUAUGUUGCCUUCCAGCUCCUGCACCUAUUGGAUGUGUUCCUUCUAUAAAAAUUGAAGUUGACAAUUCAUCUUUAAGUGACGUGAAUGAGUACACGAAUGGAAGGGAAGCAGUUGCCAUGGAUUGCGCAAUUGUAGGUGGGGGAAGCGAUGGAUCACUUGAUCUUUGUGCUAGGGUAUGCCUAGUUGAUGAAGAUGAGAAGAUAAUAUUCCACAGCUAUGUUUUGCCUCAUAUUUCUAUAACCGAUUAUAGGUAUGAAAUCACGGGACUUACCGAAGAACACAUGAGAGAAGCAACGCCAAUUGUGGAAGUAGGGGAGAAGAUUUUGGAGAUUCUUCAAAAUGGAGAGGCAAUUUGGAAAGUGAGAAUGGAUGGUGGAAGAGCUAAGGUUCUUGUUGGGCAUAACCUCACUCGUUUCUUGGAUUGUCUGAGAAUCUAUUAUCCCGACCAUUUGCUAAGAGAUACUGCAAAGUACCAACCUUUGGCAAAGACAAAUUUUGUCAGCCACACUUUCAAGUAUCUCGCCAAGACUUAUCUCGGGUACGCCAUUCAGGAAGGAGUGCACGAUACAUACCAAGACUGUGUCACUGCGAUGAGGCUGUAUAAGAGAAUGAGGUUCCAAGAUCACGGUUGGGGUCAAAAUGAAGAAGGCCCAUUGGCCUCCCAAGACUCCCCCACGGGCUUUGGUUCGUACAGCUUGAAGGAACUGGAGCGCAUGACACCCGACGAGCUUCUUGAGAUUUCUAAACCAAACUACCAAUGCUGGAAACAAUCGAGCUCAAUCAUGGCGGCGGCGGCAAUGGCCAGUCCGUGGGACACGGUGUUGGAGCUCACUAAGAUGGCUCAGGACAGGGGGACUGACCCCUUGGUCUACUCCUUCCAGAUAUCUUCCACCCUCAACGCCGCCGGCGUCUCCAUUCCCUCCCCGGACUUCGCCGCCGUCCUCGUCUCCCACAUCUGCUGGUCCAAUAACGUUUCGAUUGCCUGGAAGUUUCUCGAGAAGGCAUUGACUCUCAGGGUUGUUCCUCCGCUCUCUGUUCUUGCUCUUCUCUCUACCAGAGUAAUUCCAAACAGGAAGAUCUACCCAGUGGCCUAUAGACUGUAUAUGGAACUUAUGAAAAGAUAUAUCUUCUCAUUGAAGUCUCUGAUUAAUGGCCCCAAUUAUCAACUGAUUAUGGAGUCCGUCAACCAGACUCUUAAUCUUUCCCAGACUUUUGGGCUUCCAGAUUUUGAAACUGGGUUAGUUUUGGUGGAAUUUAUUUUUAAAACUGUGUGGGAGUUGGUUGAUGCAUCACUUGAUGACGAGGGAUUGCUGGAACUCUCUGCUGGAAAGGAAUCGAUGUGGCCGAUAAGAACACAAGAUAUGGAGAUAGACAACCGCGAUGCUUGUGAUGGGAAGAGGGUGGAACAAAAUGAGUUAUUCCUUAAAAUGAAUACCAUAUUGGCUACUGAAAUAGUUGGUGAAUUUUUUCAGAACAAAGUGACUUCCAAGAUACUUUACUUGGCGCGCAGGAACAUGCCUUCUUACUGGGAGCCCUUUAUCCAGAACUUGCAGUUGCUUGCUUCAAACUCAACAGCAAUAAGAAAUUCAAAAAGCAUUUCUCCAGAGGCUCUGUUGCAGUUAACAUGCGAUACAGAUGUAUUCCUUUCAAGGGAUGGUAAAACAAGCACACUACACCGGUUGCAUGCAGUAGUUGACUCUUCACUUGCAUCUUUUGCCAGCCGAUGCCAUGGUACCAGCCCAUCAGCUUACUGGUUGCCCAUCGAUCUCUUUCUUGAAGAUUCCUUAGAUGGGUCACAAGUCAUAGCUACAAGUGCUGCUGAAACACUUACUGUUCUGGUGAAGGCUCUCCAAGCAGUUAACUGUACUACUUGGCAGGAUACAUUUCUUGGGCUAUGGGUUGCAGCACUGAGGCUUGUUCAAAGAGAAAGGCAUUUGUCUGAAGGACCAGUACCUCGCCUUGAUACGUGUUUAUGCAUGGUGUUGUCUAUUACACCCCUUGCAAUUGCUAACAUUAUUGAGGAGGAGGAAAGUGAACUCAACCUCGCCAACCAAGGAAAAAGUUCAUCGGGACAGCGCCGCCAAGCCUUAAUUUCAAGCCUAAAACAAUUGGAUGAUUAUGAAGGAUUGUUGACUCCACCACUGCAGGUGGUUUCAGUAGCAAAUCAAGCUGCUGCAAAAGCUAUGAUGUUCCUUUCGGGUAUGAGUGUUUCGAGUGGGUACUUCGAUGGCGUUAGCUUGAACGACAUGCCCCUGAAUUGUGCUGGAAAUUUGCGGCAUCUUGUUGUUGAGGCCUGUAUUGCCAGAAAUGUUCUGGAUACAUCUGCUUAUUUCUGGCCUGGCUAUGUAAAAGGUCGGUGCAAUCAAAUACCUUGUGGCAUUUCAGGCCAAGUACCUGGAUGGUCUUCACUGAUGAAAGGGUCUCCUCUUACUCCUCCAAUGAUGAGCGUGCUGGUUUCAACACCAGCCUCAAGUUUAGCAGAAUUAGAGAAAAUAUAUGAGUUUGCAGUAAAUGGUUCGGACGAAGAGAAGAUAUCUGCAGCUACAGUUCUAUGUGGAGCAUCUCUUACCCGUGGUUGGAAUAUACAGGAACACAUAGUCAUGUUUAUCACAAGACUGCUUUCACCUCCAGUUCCUAAAGACCACACUGGAUGUGAAAGCCAUUUGAUAGGUUGUGCUCCAUUUCUGAAUGUCCUUCUUGUCGGAAUAUCAUCGAUCGAUUGUAUGCAGACUUUAUCCUUGCAUGGAUUGGUUCCACAACUUGCGGGUGCAUUAAUGCCAAUCUGUGAGGUUUUUGGUUCUUGUGCGCCCACUGUUUCUUGGGCUGUUACCAAGGAAGAAUUAUCUUCCCAUGCUGUGUUUUCAAAUGCAUUCACUCUUCUGCUAAAGUUGUGGAGAUUUGACGAGCCACCAUUUGAGAGCGCAGCUGGGGAAUUAUCACGUGUAACGCCUGAAUAUUUAUUAUUGGUGCGCAACCGUCAGUUGGCCUCGAACAAUCAAUUCAAGUGCAAGCGAUUUUCCAGACUUUUAGAUCCAUGGCCUAGUGAACCUGUAUUUAUGGACUCAUUUCCAAAGUUGAAGUGUUGGUACCGGCAAAAUCUAGCAUGUCUCUGUUCAACACUCUCUGGUCUUGUACAUGGAACUCCUGUUCAUCAGCUUGUAGAAGCGCUGCUGAGUUUCAUGUUCAGAAAACUAAGCAGGGGCGGGGGGCAGCCCCUUACCCCACCUACUACUUCUGGAAGCAGUAGCUCAUCUGGGCCCGGUGAUGAAUUAUCUGACCGUCUUAAAGUACCCGCAUGGGAUAUUCUAGAAGCGCUUCCCUUUGCCCUUGAUGCUGCCCUCACAGCAUGCGCACAUGGAAGGCUUUCACCCCGCGAACUAACUACAGGGAUUAAGGACCUCGCCGAUUUCCUUCCUGCUUCAUUGGCAACAAUUAUAAGCUAUUUCUCAGCAGAAGUAACUAGGGGUCUUUGGAAGCCUGCCUCCAUGAAUGGAACUGAUUGGCCAAGUCCAGCUGCAAAUCUUGCUUCGGUUGAGCAACAGAUUAAGAAAACCUUAGCUGCAACGGGCGUGCAUGUCCCCAGUCUUCCUGUAGAUGGAAGCUCUGUAUCUACUCUGCCCCUACCUUUGGCAGUACUUCUCAGUCUCACCAUCACAUACAAACUCGAUAAGGACACCGGUCGGUUUCUCAACUUUGUGGGUUGCUCCAUGAAUAACCUGGCCACUGUGUGUCCCUGGCCAUGCAUGCCCAUCAUCGUCUCCCUGUGGGCCCAGAAGAUAAAACGCUGGAGCGACUUCCUCGUCUUCUCUGCGUCUCGCACAGUUUUCCACCACAACCGCGAUGCCGUGGUUCAACUCCUGAGAGUCUGCUUCAAAGCCACACUCGGCCUAAACAAUUCCAUCACAUCGACCAGUGGUGGGGUCGGUGCACUCCUCGGUCACGGGCUCGUCUCCCAUUUCUCGGGCAGCAUAUCUCCCUCUGCCCCGGGCAUAAUGUACUUGCGUGUCCAUAGAGCCGUCCGGAAUGCACUGUUCAUGACGGAGGAGAUCGUCUCCCUCCUGAUGAGUACCGUAGGAGACGUCGCCAACCCCGCCGAGAACUUGGAGAAGCUCAAGAAAACGAAGCACGGGUUGAGAUACGGCCAGGUGUCGCUCGUCUCCGCCCUGGCCCGUCUCAAGCUCGCGGCUUCUCUGGGCGCCUCGUUGAUUUGGAUAACGGGCGGGUUGAGUCUAGUCCAGUCUCUGAUUCACGAAACGCUCCCGUCGUGGUUCAUUUCCGUCCAAAAACACGAACCCCUACCCCCCGGAGUCGAAAUGAUGAGGGGACACGCGCUCGCGUACUUCACGGUGCUCUGCAUGGCGUUCGCCCUCGGGGUGGGCCCGCUCGGCCCGAGGCGGUCCAAUGUCCUCGCGAGGCACAUGGAGUUCCUAGCGAGCGCAUUGGAAGGGAAGAUAUCCCUGGGGUGCAACGAGGCCACGUGGAGGGCUUAUCUCUCGGGCUUUGUGAGCAUGAUGGUGGUUUCCACGCCCAACUGGGUGAGGGAGGUCGACGUCCGGGUGGUGAAGAGGCUGAGCAAGGGGUUGAAGCAAUGGAAAGAGGAGGAUUUGGCCGUCGCCCUUCUUGGGGUCAGCGGGGUGGCCGGGAUGGCCGAGGCUGCGGAAAUGAUUAUAUUGCGCCGAGUUUGAAGUUUUACUACUAUACCCUCGUCAACGACAACAAACAAACCGAGUUGAGUCCCACAGAAGUAGGGUAGUGUCUCGGAGCGUGGGUAUGCAGACCUUGCCUCUAUUUUCUUGAACCAAUAUUUUUAUGUAAUGUAUAUGUGUUGUUUCAUGAUGUAUAUGUGGGGGAAAAAAAGGUUUAUUUGGGUU